CUAAUGUCUGGAGUGCACAUCCAAGUUCAUUAGUCUUGGAUGGGUGCGGAAAAGCUGCUCGACACGAAAUGGAAAGUUUUGGCAAAGUUUCCCGCUGGUGAAUCGUCGUAAAUCGCAGUGCGAAAAGCUGAGGGUCUAAAAAUAUCCCGACACUCGAGGGCAAUCGAUGUGCCCGCAGCUGGCAGAGAUGGGCGAACGUGAGCCGGAGUCGGACGAGGACUGCGAGGUCUAUUUCCUGAAGCCGGUCAACGAGUACAACAUUGUGGACAGGAUCAAGGAGGCCAAUAAGGAGCUCUUCGCGCCGGAUGAUGAGGGUUUCAAUGGCAACGGCAAGGUGACCAAGGUGAAGUUCGCCCUGAACCUGGAAGAUUACGAGCCCUCGGAUCAGCAGAAAGAUCUGAGUCCCAGUCCGCCGGAUGAGCUGCUGCAGCAGUUGACGCAACUGAAGCUGAAGCCCAUCGCAGAGGAGGAGUCAGCAGCUCCAGAGAUGUCCAAGGUGAUGGAGGAAUCGCCUCCGGCGGAGGAACCAGAAGUAGAGGAGGUGGAGGAGGAGAUCUGCGAAGAAAUCCUGGACUUAAGUGAGGUCCCCCAACAGCCUCCUGUCCCAGAAACUAUACCCAUUGAAGAUGACGACGACGACUUUUCCGGCGUGGAUGAGGCAGAUCUGGAUGACGACUCUCCAGCGAAGGAUUCAUCCAUUCCCGUCUCCCUCCAACUGCGGCAGAGCACCUUCGACCAGGAUGACUCCGAUCAGAAGAGUCUCACUAACCUGCUCACCGAAUCCGAUUGCGAGGAGGAGGAGCGCACCUUGAAUGAGGCUCGCCAGAAGUUAAGGGAUGCCUACAAGAAUCUUUAUAAGACUUUAGAUUCCAAGCAGCAGGCCACCAUCGACAGGUUGACGGGAGCCGAAAGUGAAGUUCCUUUACCGCCGCCAGUGGCUGCUCCUCCAGCUGAGGUGGAUGAAGAGGACGAUUUGUCCAUCAUUGUGGCUAGCUACAUUCCAGAUGACUUUGAGCUCAACGAGCAGAGCAUUUACUACAAAAAGGAGGAACCAGAGGAAGCCAAGGAGCCCUGCUCCACCUGUCCCAAGUCCACUUCCAAGACCUUCUUUACUUCACGCAGUUUCAGUUUUCGGCGGCGGGCCAAACCCACGCCCACUCCAUCGUCCGCCACCGCUUCCACGACUUCUCCCUCCAUCCGAAUGAACUACAAGAUCUGUUGCGAGCACCGUCACUCGAUUCAGGGCAAGUUACCCAGGUAUAUGGGCUACAUGUCCGAGUACGGACUGACAGCCCAGCAGCUGGAACGCCGGGAUCAGCAACUGCGGCGGAAGCAGCGCUUCUCCAUGGAGCAAACCUUGCAGAGCAACGAGCAGGAGCUGAAGAAGAUGCAGGACAACGAGCGGGCCUUCACCACCUGGCUGAAGAACAAGAUGCGCUAUCCGAUCAAUAAGACACGCAACAUGUUCGAUGCCCACAAAAGGCGGGGCAGUGUGGCCGCCGCCGGAAGUCCGCGCCAGCAUCCUCAGGCUCAUCCACAUCUUCACCAGGAGCAGGAGCAGCGCGGCGGGAGGAGAAGGCGUCGUCGCGACAGCGGGGAGGAGGAGGUGCAUGCCUACCGACACCUUCUCGGCAGCUGGAACAAGUAGUAGUAAUGUAGUUCU